AUUUAAAAACAUUAUUUACAUUUGAAUAAAAAACUCUUUGGGUUAACAUAGUAGUUUCUUGCGUUUUAUUAUUUAAUUUGAAAGUUAAAAAGGAGGAAUACAUCUUAUUUUUAUGAACUUGAACUUAUUUCAAAUUAAAGAAGUAAUUAAACAUCAUGGAUAUAUCAAGAAGCAUUGGUUUAAACCAUUUCGUGAAAGCUAAUCCUGUUGAAAAUAUUAAUGCUAAAUAUUUAUGUAAAAUUUGCACUAAAUUGCUAUAUAAUCCUAUUCAAACGGGGUGUGGUGAAAGAUUUUGUGAAAGUUGUGUAAAGUUUACCUCAAGUGGUAAAAUACUCUGUCCUGUUGAAAAUGUGGAAUGUAUUUACUUUUAUGACAAGUUUGCUAACAAAGAGAUUGAGAUACUAGAGUUUGAAUGUCCAUUUAAUAAAAAUUGUAAUUGGUCUGGCAAGUUAAUCAAAUUAAAAGAAGAGCACUUAAAUUCUUGUGAUUACAAAAUUUAUAUAUGUGAAAAAUGUGGCGAAGAAGUUAUACAAAAAAAUUUUAACGAACACAGUUUGAAUUAUUGUUCACAUUCUUUUUUCACUUGUCUAUAUUGUGAUGAAAAUGUUUCUGUAAAAGACAAAAUAGCUCAUCUUUGCUUGAAGUUACCUGUAACAUGCUUACUGGAUUGUGGUGCAACUUUUUUAUAUGAAGAUAUUAUCACUCAUUUAAAUCAAUGUAAUAAUUUAAAAAAUAUUUGCGUAUAUAGAUUAAUUGGUUGCAAAUUACCUUUAAUUAACUCAGUUGAAGAGCACUAUAAAUCUGAUGUAAUUUCUCACAACCACUUAAUGAUGGUUUUUGUACAAGAAUUGUCUGUAAAACAAAUGACAUUAAAAAAUGAGGUAAGCAAACUUAGUAAAGAGAAUCUUGAACUUUGUCAGAAGUUGGAAUUAGUAAAAAAAUAUGGUAAAGAGAUAAAUGAUUUGAAGAAAACUGUGCAAAUACAAGUAGAUGAAAGUGCGAGUAUUUUCCAAGGAUUAAGUUUGCAGGUUAAUGAUUUAAAAGAAGCUAAUUUCAUGCAAGCGCCUGUUGAUAAACACAAUAAAAAGUUAAGUUUCAUCGAGAGAUCUCAAGAAAAACUAAAUGAAUCAUAUAACGAUUUGCAUCUGAGUCAACAAAUUUUAGAAAAUACGUCUUAUGACGGGCAUCUUUUGUGGAAAAUAUCUUCUUAUAAACAAAGAUCAAUGGCUGCAAUGUCUGGAACUAUACCAGCAUUACACAGUGCUCCGUGUUAUACGUCGCGGUUUGGCUACAAGUAUUGUCUUCGCUUGUAUUUGAAUGGAGACGGAGCAGGCAAGGGAUCUUACAUUUCUCUUUUUUUUGUUCUGAUGAAAUCAGAUUAUGAUUCUCUGCAUAAAUGGCCAUUUCAAAACAAAGUAACUUUUAGGUUGCGUGCGAAAAAUCCCGAAUAUGAUAUUGUAGAGUCAUUUACUCCAGAUAAGAACUCUUCUAGUUUUAUUAAACCAGUCCGUGAAAUGAAUAUUGCUGCUGGUGUUCCAUUAUUUGCUAAAAAAUCUGACAUCAAUGAAAACUUUAUUUUGGAUGAUGCAAUAUUUAUUGAAAGUAAAGUAUAUUUGUAGCAAUACCUUUUGGAAUUGAUUAGAAUAAAUGAAUUCUAUCGAUUUAAAUGUUUGAAAAAAUCAUAUGUGCGUGUCAUAAAAUUAAUAAUCUAACCUGUUCAAAUCAAAUUAACCUGUUCAAAUAGUUGUGCAAAUUUUUUUUAUUCUAAUCAAGUCAAGUU